AUGGCGCGCCCGGUGCAGCCGGGGUCUGCGGCGCCGAGCCGGUACCUCCUCUACGUCGAGUAUCUGGGUUCGAACUUGUGCGGCUGGCAGAGACAGCGAGGGCCGGUGCCCACAGUGGCUGGCAUGAUCGAGGAGGCGCUGAAGAAGUUCUCUGGCCAGGACAUCGAGGUCGUCGGCUCGAGCCGCACGGACGCCGGCGUCCACGCGACCGGCAACUCGUGCCACAUUGACAUCCUGCGCGUAGGCACCAAGCCGAAGAACCGCGGUCAGACUCUGGAGCCGCACUCCCCCGCGACCGUCCGGCGCGCGCUCAACCACUUCCUCGUCCGCGUAUCCGCGCUCAACAAGCGGCCGAAGAUCCCGACCUCGGAGUUGUGCCCGCAAGUCGCAAUUGUCGCCGUCAAGGCCGUGCCGCAGACCUUCCACGCGCGAUACUCGGCGACCGGUAGGACAUACUGCUACCGGAUGGUCGCCUACCCUCCGGUCGGGGAGGGCUUCAGCGCCGAGGCGCCGUUCAGCGGCGCGCCCGGCAGCAGCUUCGAGCUGGGCAGGGCAUGGCGCGUCGACGGCCCCCUGGACGCGGCGCGCAUGGGCGAGGCCGCGGCGCACUUCGAGGGCGAGCACGACUUCACGUCGUUCCGAGGGAAGGGCUGUCAGGCGCAGGGCCCCGUGCGCGAGAUCUUCAGCUGCAAGGUCGAGGAGGAGCCGCCACUCGGGGCGCGCACCACGUGCGCAGCGGCGGCGCCGUGGGCGCGCCCGGCGCUGGACGGCGCGGCGCCGCAGGAGCUGGUCGUCAGGAUCCACGGCAACGGGUUCCUGUACCACCAGGUCCGGCUCAUGGUCGGGCUCCUGAAGGAGGUGGGGUCUGGGCGGGUGUCCCCCGGGGAGGUGAAGCGCAUCCUCGACGCGAGGAGCGCCGCGGAGCUGCACAAGGUCGUGCCGGACCUCGCGCCGGCGUGCGGGCUGUACCUCACCAAGGUGCACUACGCGGAGGCGGGGCCGGGCGGGCGGGAGACGACCGAGGGGGACUGGGCGGGGAGCGGGUGGGACGGGUGGCCGCCGUGA